UCUCGUUAUCGCAUCAUUUUUAAAAAACGACAACAAAUUUGCUGCGCUGGCUUUGCGGUUGUGCAGACACCCCCCUCCAAAGCGCCGAUAUAGGCCCUACAAGUCAUUCAAAACGACUUCGCACGACGCCUGAGCACUUGUCCCUGUCAGCGAAGGCUGGCUGUGGUAUUUUAUCGCGUUGCGUUUCGUCGUGUUGAUCUUUUCUCCUGCAUGGCUUGACGUGCGCAUGCUCACCACACCUCUGCGAGCGAGGAACCCGAGGGCAGGUAUUGGGCGCAGUGAGUGACAGGUCUUUCUUGUGAAAGGCAUGCUGAAUUUCUGUCUGCUUCUGAGCUCCUCGGGAGAUGCGAGGUUACAUCUGCCCUGUCAUAGGCUAAAGCCGGAAUUCCUUUGCACCGAGCUCCGACACUCAGUAAUGAAUUACUUUUCGUCGAAUACAAUCAUCGCAACCCGAAAUCGAUAGCUUUUUCCGGCGAUCUUAACUGUUUGUGUGGUAUUAAAACAGACCACAAGACGUGCCCGGACGCUGUCAAACACCUUGCCCGGGUCUUCUCUAACAUUUCGGGAAGUUUUUUUUUUUAAUAUUUACCUCCUACAUUAAAGGGAAGGGUUUUAAGAAAUGGAGUUCUCGGUGGAUUAAGAAUCCGCGUGGAUUUUGAGGACUGUUCUGUUUGUUUUGUUUUUCUUCCUAAAUCGAGCGACUUUCCCUGAAGCAAUCCCCUGGCUGUUUCGAGAUAAUAAUAAUAAUUACUAUUAUUCUUCUUCUUUUGGACAUUCGCGCGGAGAGUGUCGAUUCUCGGUGUUGGGACGAUGUACCAGCCUAGCAAGAAAUGUUUCACCAUCGAGUCUCUGGUGGGCAAGGACGCGAAUUCUUCGGCCGGAGACGAACCGGUUCGGCCGACGGCUCUGCGGUUCACCGAAUCGGUCCACCCUACGCCCUUCGGGAGCUGCUUCCAGAACACCGGCCGGACCUUGUACAGCACCCCGGAUCUGAUGUUCUCGGAGCCGGGCACUCACGCCGCCAGCUCCGCUCUCUCGCUUCACCCUCUACAGCUGCCGGCUCAGCCUUUCUUCGGCCCGCAUCAGAGAGAGACGCUGAACUUUUACCCCUGGGUUCUGAGGAACAGAUACUUAGGUCACAGGUUCCAAGGUGAGGACAGCAGCCCCGAGAACCUGCUCCUCCACGGGCCCUUCUCACGCAAGCCGAAACGCAUCCGCACCGCCUUCUCGCCUUCCCAGCUCCUCCGGCUGGAGCGCGCCUUCGAGAAGAACCACUACGUGGUGGGAGCGGAGAGGAAGCAGCUGGCCAACGGGCUGUGCCUGACGGAAACGCAGGUCAAAGUCUGGUUCCAAAACAGAAGGACUAAACACAAGAGGCAGAAACUGGAGGAAGAAGCGCCCGAGUCCCAGCAGAAACGCAAAGGGAACCAGCACGUCAACCGGUGGAGGGUGGCGACGAGGCAGGGCAGCCCUGAGGACAUCGAUGUCAUUUCGGAGGACUGAAACGAUACCUUCCGGACCCUGAAAGCCCACCAGGCUGCCGUCAAUCACAAAAUAAAAACAGCCCUCUUACAACGUUCACUAGGAAUAAAAAACAGGCGCACCUAUUUGAAAAGCACUGCACCACCUUCCCGACUGAGGCUGUCGGAGGACAAAGACUGUCACCGUUCAAAAAAAAAAAAA